AUGAAAGGUUACUUGCACAGUGACGAUGGUUUAUAUGCUUUUCCUCUUGGUCCCAAAGUAACUACAAUUGGACGAGAAAAUUGCGACAUUAGCAUUACUAGUCCUCAUAUUGAUAAUCAACAUGCAUUGAUAGAAUAUGAUGAUGAACAACGUUGUUUUAUCUUAAAAGAUCUAAACUCAUCAACAGGUACUUAUGUACAUGAAUGUCGUGUUCAAAAUGCAGCUGUACGAUUGGCUGAUGGAGAUUUUAUACGAUUUGGUUUUAAUGGUUUACCACUUGAAUUUCGUAUUGAACAACAACAACAACAACAAGAAACAACAAUGCCAUCAAUUUAUCCUCGACAACCAACAUCGAAUUCACUUCAUCUCAUAACACAAACAAUACCAUCACGAAGAUCACCAAGUAGUACAAUAAGUCAUCAACAACAAAUUGAUGUACAACAAAAUACUGGAUUUUCUCUUAGAACUCGUGCGUUGAGUGCCGGAACAAAAAAAAUCUCAAGCAUAACAUCAACUAAUCAAACUAACAAUGCUAUGCGUGAUUCUAUUGUUCGUCCUAAUGCUUGGACAAUAACUAGUACUUCAAAUCCUAGUCGAACUCUCAUUAAUGGAAAUUUUACUGGUGAAUUAGAUAUAUCAGGUCAAGAUAAUAGUGAAAUAACAAAUCGUGUUGGUCAACUUGAAAAAGAAGUUAAAGGACGUGAAGCAGAAAUUCGUGAAUUAACAGAUAAACUUCGUAGUUUAGAACCAUUGAGUUCAACAUUUAAAACGGAUGUUCAUACAUUAAGAGCUGAAUUAGAUAAAGUAAAACGAGAAAAACAAGCUGCUUCUGGACUUAUAUCAAGUCUUCAACGUGAUCUUCAUUCAAAAGAAUCAAGUUUAGCAAAGGUAAAUCGUGAAAUCGAUGGAUUAAAAACUGAUAGUCGUGAUAAAGAUCUUAAAUUACAAUCGUUACAAUCCAAGCUCAACCUUCUUCGAGAUCGUAGUCGUGCAGAAGAAGAUCGACAUAACAAAGAAAAAGAAGUUAAAAUUAAAUUAGCUGAACAACAAAUAAAUGAAUUAAAUGAAAAUAUGAAUCGUCUUAAAUCUCAAUUACAAGAUACAGAAAAACAAUUAUUAAGAGUUAAUCAAAAUGAACAAAAAUUAAAACAAGAAUGUGAACAUACACGUGGACAACUUGCAGAAGUUAAACGAAGUGAAGCAACACUUAAGUCUGAUCUUGCUAGUGCACAACGAAAACAUACUCAAUUAUGUACAAAUAUUUGGCGUUGUUUUUCUAAUGAUAAUGAUGACGAUGAAUAUGAUGAAGAGCAACAUGAUAUAGUUGAACAAAUUCAACAACUUCAACAACAAUUAAAUCAAUCUCGAAAUGAAUUUGAACAUCAACGUGAAACAUAUUUAUCGUCAAAUGAACAACUUCGAAUUUCAUUUGGAAAGUUUGUUGAUAUACUUACAAAUGCAAUGCAAGAACAAACAACACAACGUAUUCUUUUAAAUGCUCGACAACAGAUGAUUGAACUUGAAGAAACUGAUAAUGAUAGUCUUGUUGAAAUAUUUAAAAAAGCAGUAAUUAAUGCUAUGACUUGUCAUAUUAAACUUAUUUCCGGAUUGAAUAGUUUAAUUAUUAAACCAAAUGAUCAAGAACAAGAUUUAUAUACUAAUGAAAUCUUAGCAUUAAUUCGUCGUCAAUAUGAAGAACUUGAACGUGAAAAACAAAAUUUAUCACUUGAACAAAUAACACGGGAACAAACAUUUCGUUCUGAAUUAGAACAAAUUGCAACAGAAAAGGAUAUAAUUUGGCAACAACGUUUUAAUGAAGAAUGUGAUCGUCUUCGUGAACAAACAGCUCAAUUACAAAGAGAAUAUGAUGAACAAUCACGUUCAUUUUCUGAUCGAAUUGAAACAGCAGAAUCUCAACAAAGUGAAUAUCUUCAGAAAUGUAAUGUACUUCAAACUGAAUCAACUCAAAAAAUUGAUGAAUUAACAACAAAACUACAAGAAUAUCAACAACAAUUAAUUGAAGAAAAUGAACGACAAAAUCAAUUAACAAAUAUAAACGAAAGACAACAGGAAGAACUAAUUCAAUUAGGAAAAGAAAAAGAUGCAACUAUUGAAGAUUUAAAUCGUCAAAUUGAAGUUUAUAAAGAUCAAGUCCGACAAUUUUCAAUAACAAUCGUACAAUUAGAAAAAAGUUUUGCAGACGAACAAGAAAAACGUAUUAAACUACAAGUUGAUUUGGAUAAUUACAAUAGAAAUGAUAAAGACACACCAUCAACAUCACCACCACCAGUGAUUGAAGCAGUCAUUCCUGUUCUUGCUACACCUGUAGCUGAUCUCAGUCAGGAGUUGUUUGCUUAUAAAUCCCGUGUACAAGAACAAGAACAAAUAAUUGUUUCAUUACGACGAGAUUUAGCUGGUAUGACAGCUCGUUUAUCUGAUGUUCAAGGUGAAUUAAGUGAAAAACAAAAACAUGCUUUGGAAAAAAGUGAAUUAACAAUACGUGAACAAACAAAAGAAUUAAAUGAGACAAGAUUAAAAUUAUCUAAAUUAAGCGAUAUUGUUGAUAAACAAUCAGCACAAAUGGAAACAUUACAAUCAGAUUUAUCAAAAUCUAAAAUAUUAGUUAAUCAAUAUCAAUUAUUAGUUGAUCAACGUCAAGCUGAUAUUGAUCGUUUAACAAAAUCUCUUGAUGAAAAAAAUUUGGUUGUUGAACAAGUUGAAAAAAUAAAUCAUAAUGAAGGUCGUAUAACACACGAAUUGGUAUCGAUCGGUGCUCAAUGUAAAGGUGAACGACAUGAACAAACGAUUGGAAGACAACGUGAAGCUUUAAAUGAAUUACGUGCAAGAAUUAAAUCUUUAGAACAAUUACGACCCGUAAAUCCAUCAUAUGAGAAAGUUUUACAACAAGUUGUUUUACUUAAACGUGAAUUAGCAGAAUUACGAGCACGACAAGCUUUACCAGAUGAUAUACCAUAUUUAACAACAACAUCAGGACCAAAUUCUAUUCAACAACAAUCACAAAGACAAUCAACAGCAACUACAGUACGACAAUCAUCAUCAGCGACAAUUCAUUCUGAGCAACCACCACAAGCACAAAAAAUUAUCGAAGAAAGAGCAGCACAUGCUGAAACAAUGAAUUCAUUACAAUCUUCUGAUGAAUUACAAAGCACAUUUACACGAAAAUUAAUGAAUUUACUUGAUAUUGAUGAUGAUAGUCUAUUAAAUGUAACUCCAUUAGCUACUCUUCAAACAACUGAUCGUUAUGUUGCUUUACAACAACGACAACGUACAAAUGAAAUUUUAAUACAAAAAAUUGAAAUGCUACGUGAACGAUUAACACGAAAAGAAGAAUUAUUACGUGAUUAUGAAAAAGAUCUAGGGAAAUUACGACAAGCAGAAAUAUUAUUACGUGAAAAAGAUAUUUUAUUACAAGAUCUUGAAGUAGAUAAACGAACAAAAGAUGAUGAAUCAUUAUUUCUUCGAAAUACUCUUAGAGAAACGCAAGAUACUUUAAAUCAAGAAAAACGACUUAAUUCAUCAAUUAAACUCGGUCGAAAUGUCGAUCAAUCUCAAUCUCAUGAAUUAAUUCGUCGUAGUGGUGGAUCAACAGCAACACUUCAUCCUCAUUAUCCAUCUGAUGCUGUAACAUCAAAAGUUCGUACAAUAAAACGAGAUAUGAAUCAAAAAAUCACUCGAAAAGAUUACGAAAUUAAAACAUUGAAACAAGAAUUACAUGAAGCAUUAGAUACACUUUCUGAACAAUCACAUAAAGUUAAAUUACUUGAAAUACAAUCUAAAACAACGAUGAGUAAUACUGAUACAAAUAUCUUAACACCACAUAAUUCGUGA